UUCUAGGGCCGCGUCCGCGCGCCGGAGCCGGGGAGGGGCGGCUGCGCCCCCGCCCCCACACAGGGAGCCCUCCUAGGGGAGGGGGGAACCUGCGCAGAAAAUAACAUCACUGUUCCCGUUUCCUUCAGUGGGCAUCAAGCAUUUAACCACCUUGAUUUCUAGGCAUUGGUAACAUGGCAAAAGAUGCUGGACUAAUCGAAGCCAAUGGAGAGCUUAAGGUUUUUAUAGACCAAAACCUUAGUCCUGGAAAAGGGGUUGUUUCAUUGGUGGCUGUUCAUCCUUCUACAGUAAAUACACUUGGAAAACAGCUCCUGCCAAAAACAUUUGGACAGUCUAAUGUCAACAUUGCACAGCAAGUGGUUAUUGGUACACCUCAGAGACCUUCAGCGCCAAAUACUAUCCUGGUAGGAAGUCCACAUACACCCAGUUCACACUUUGUAUCACAGAACCAGACUGCAGACUCUUCGCCUUGGUCUGCUGGGAAGCGCAAUAAAAAAGGAGAGAAGAAUGGCAAGGGUUUGCGACACUUCUCUAUGAAGGUUUGUGAGAAGGUGCAGAGAAAAGGAACCACCUCAUACAAUGAGGUGGCGGAUGAGUUGGUUGCAGAGUUUAGUACCACGGAUAAUCAUAUUUCACCAAAUGAAUCACAGGCUUAUGACCAGAAGAAUAUUAGACGACGUGUCUACGAUGCCUUAAAUGUCCUUAUGGCUAUGAAUAUUAUCUCUAAGGAGAAGAAGGAAAUCAAAUGGAUUGGUCUACCUACUAACUCAGCUCAGGAAUGUCAGAAUUUAGAGGUGGAGAGACAGAGAAGACUUGAAAGAAUAAAGCAAAAACAGUCUCAGCUACAAGAACUUAUUCUACAGCAAAUUGCCUUCAAGAACCUCGUUCAACGAAAUCGUCAAACAGAACAACAGGCAAAUCGACCACCGCCUUCCAAUUCUGUCAUACAUCUGCCAUUUAUCAUUGUGAACACCAGCAAGAAGACCGUGAUCGAUUGUAGUAUUUCAAAUGAUAAGUUUGAAUAUCUAUUUAAUUUUGACAAUACUUUUGAAAUUCAUGAUGACAUAGAAGUACUAAAGAGAAUGGGAAUGGCUUGUGGGCUAGAAUCUGGAAGCUGUUCAGCAGAGGACCUAAAAAUUGCAAGGAGUUUGGUUCCUAAAGCUCUGGAACCAUAUGUGACAGAAAUGGCUCAGGGAUCAAUCAGCAGUGUAUAUGUAACAGCAUCAUCAGGUUCCACUUCAGAUGUCACUAGAUUUUCUGCCAGUGACUUUACCAAUGGUGGAGAUGGGAUGUUAGCAACAAGUUCCAAUGGAUCGCAGUACAGUGGCUCCAGAGUUGAAACACCAGUCUCUUAUGUUGGGGAUGAUGACGACGAGGAUGAUGACUUUAAUGAAAAUGACGAUGAUGACUGAUCCUUUUUGAUUAUAUACUUUUCAGGAAUAAAAUUAUGCUAGGGAGAGCGCACUCACACGCGCACUCUGUCUGUCUGUCUCUCUCUCUCUCUUUUUCUCUCUCUCUCAAAAUAUACAUAUAUAUCUAUAUCUAGAUAUAGAUAUAUAUAUUUUGCCCCGUCCCACAAGGAAAAUAUUGGUAAGCAGUUCUGAGUUUAGAAAUUGCACCUCAGAUAAGCAAAUAAGGAUUGUUUUAUGUAGGAUAUUUUUAAAUGUGGUGUGGAUGUGUGUUUUGAUACCAGUGUGUUAAUGCAGAGCCUUUAUUAUUUGCUCCUUUUUUUUUUUUUUUAACACUUGAAGGAAAAUGCAUUUUCCCCCAAAUGUUAUUGCUAAGUUUGCUAAAGAAAAUGUAGCCGCAUCAAUGAAGAAAUAAAAUGCUAACUUUCAGUGAGAAAUGGGUACACUGAAUGGCUAUAAGUUUGGAGUGUAUUUUGAUGGCAGCCUUUGUUGAGGGAUGGCAAGCUCAUGUAGUAGUUGUGGGGAUAUUUUUAUUUUUAUUUUAUUUUAUUUUAUUUUUUUGUUAAUCAUGCAGUGUCCAAAGAACCAAACGAGAUCCAUUUUACUUUUUUACAUGUGAAAUUCCAUAAAUGUUGUGAAUUUAUUUUCCCUUAAAUAAUAUCUAACACAAUUCCAUCAAGUUUAUAUGCUGUUUUCACUGAAUGUUGGGACAUAUGAAUUACAAAGUUUUUGGCAAAUGUUUACUGCCAGCUGAUGCAGCUAUAUAAAAUGUCUUGAAGGUUUGGAAUGAGUUAUUGCUUAUGGUAAAAUUGCCUGAUUUCUUACAGGCAGACUUUGGAAACUUUUUAUUAUAUAGUUGUUUACAUACUUAUAAGUCUAUCAUAUAAAGACAUGUACUGAAACAAAUGUUUGUAUUUGUUUCAUAAGCAUCUUCCUGUAAUCUAUUAUAAAGUUGAAAUUAAAUAUAGAGAAUGUUUUAAGUUUUUUAACUCAAAAUUGUCAAUCAUUUUUAAUAGUUCAUUUUUUAUAAAAGGAAUUUCAGGGCAGGUGGUAGUCUUUUAAAAUUUAUUCACAAAACAUUUAACUGCACAAAUACUGUCAGCUGCCUAUCUAAGACAGUAGUCUUUUUAUUGAAACACAAAUAAACUUUUCUGUAAUAUUUUAUGGAAUAUAAAGAGACUUUAAUUGUUUGACAUGUUUAACCUUGGCACUGUUAGUUUUUAUUAAUAAAACGCGCAUGGGCAUUUUUAACAAA